AUGGCAGACGACAACGCAGCUCCAGACGCGGUGCCCCAGUUCGGCUUCAAGAAACGUGCCAAGGGUAAAGCCAACUUCCGCAAGAAGCCCGCCACGCCGCCACCCGCGUCCGACUCUGAUUCCGAGUUCACCUCCUCGGAUGGAGAAGAUGGCCAGCGCAUCAAAAGGCGACGAAAGAACGUCGCCGUGACGGCGACCUCUGCAGGAAACACGACCCGAAGAGAUCCGACAAGCGAGCAACCUACCGGGGCCGGCCCCGCGCCGCUGUCGACGAACAACGAUGCCACCAAAUCCUCCAAUUGGUAUGAUGACGAUCUGAGCACGAAGAACCUCCUGGGGUCAACUCGCGCUCAAGCUCUGGCGACCGCCGGUCCUGACGGAACAUAUAAGGGAGCCGCCAAUUAUUCCUCCUUCAUACAAAAGAACCCGGAUGCGCCUACGAAACAGUUUGGUCCCAUGAAAGCGCCGACCAAUGUGCGCACGGUGACGGUGAUGGACUUUGCGCCAGACGUCUGCAAGGACUGGAAGCAGACCGGCUGGUGUGGAUUCGGUGACUCUUGUAAAUUCCUACACGCCGGCGAAGACUACAAACAAGGAUGGGAAUUGGAUCGAGACUGGGAGAUUGGCACCAAUGGCAAGAAGCUGAGUGGACGGGUGGUCUCGCAGCGAAAGGGCGCGGCCAAGACCGCGGAGGAUGACGAAGACGAGGACGACGAUGAGCUGCUGGACAGCAUCCCCUUUGCCUGCAUCAUCUGCCGGAAACCAUAUCAGAACCCGAUCAUCACCAAGUGCGGCCAUUACUUCUGCGAGUCGUGCGCGCUCCAGCGGUACCGGAAAAAUCCGUCCUGCGCAGCAUGCGGGGCCGGCACCGGGGGCGUUUUCAACACUGCAAAGAAAUUGAACACCUUGCUGGAAAAGAAGCGGGAGAAGGCGCGAAAGGAACGAGAAAGGGCUAUUGAAAAUGGCGAGGAAGUGAGCGACGAUGAGGACGGUGAGCAUGCGGAGGAAGAAUGA